UGUCAGCCUGUAAAUAGAGCAGCCGCUAGGUGGCUGUUACUCAUUCUCUCGCAGUUCACUCGAACAGCAGCACCAUGCCUGAACCAGCUAAGACCGCGCCCAAGAAGGGAUCCAAGAAAGCCGUGACCAAGACGGCGGGUAAAGGCGGCAAGAAGCGCAGAAAGACCAGGAAGGAGAGUUACGCCAUCUACGUGUACAAAGUCCUGAAGCAGGUGCACCCUGAUACCGGUAUCUCCUCUAAGGCCAUGGGCAUCAUGAACUCAUUCGUCAACGACAUUUUUGAGCGCAUCGCCGGUGAGUCUUCUCGUCUGGCUCACUACAACAAGCGCUCCACCAUCAGCUCUAGGGAGAUCCAGACUGCCGUGCGUCUGUUGCUUCCCGGAGAGUUGGCCAAGCACGCCGUGUCUGAGGGCACAAAGGCCGUCACCAAGUACACCAGCUCCAAGUAAAGCGCGUUACCGCCGUCUUUAUCUACACAAAGGCUCUUUUAAGAGCCGCCCACUUUUUCCUACGAAGUGCAAAUCUUCUUUGAGUGAGUGAGGGACAG